AUGGCGGCUAGGUCGAGCUCUAUCCCCCGCCGGGCCCUUCUCUACGUUCCGGCCUCAUCCCCCCGCAUGUUAACCAAGUCCCUCGGCCUCAGCAGCGACAACAUAACCUACGACCUCGAAGACUCCGUCACACCCACCGCAAAACCCACAGCCCGCACCGCACUACGCGAACACCUAACCAACCUCUCCUCCCGCCCCCCUUCCAUCUCCGAACUCGCAAUCCGCAUAAACGCAAUAUCCACACCCUACGCCCUCGACGACCUAACAACCCUCGCACCCCUCCCCAACCUCGACGCGAUCGUAAUCCCCAAAGUAAACUCCGCAAGCGACUUAACCUUCGCAACCGACGCCCUGCGACACCUAGCCCCCUCGCGCCACUGCGACUCUAGUCCAAACCCAAUAAAAAUAAUCGCAUUAAUCGAAUCCGCGCGCGCAAUCGUCGACCUACGAGAAAUCUGCGCCUCCUCUCCUUUCCUCAGCGGUCUCAUCUUCGCAGCCGAGGAUUUCGCGUUAGACCUCUCGCUCACGCGAACACCCAGUUUAAAUGAAUUCCUAUACGCGCGAUCCGCCAUCGUUACUGCUGCACGCGCAGCCAAUCUACCGAGUACGAUCGAUUUAGUCUGUACCUCAUAUAAAGGCGGCGAAGGGCUCGCACGCUUAGAAGAAGAGUGUGAGGGCGGCAAAGCGUUAGGGUUUAAUGGGAAACAAUGCAUUCACCCCUCGCAAGUCGAUACCGUACAGCGGCUCUUCGCGCCUUCGGAGAAGGAAGUUGAGUGGGCUGUUCGGAUUACGAUUGCGGAUGAGAAAGCCGCUGCUGUGGGUCGAGGAGCGUGGACGCUGGAUGGCGCUAUGAUUGACGCGCCUGUUGCUGGUAAGGCGAAGGCGAUAGUUGAAAAAGCGCAAAAAUGUGGUUUUGAUGUUGACGAUUUACGAGAGAAAUGGAAAGACCAGGAGCCUGAAUGA